GAUGGCGGAUGAGAAUGAGACAGCACCGAUGCCGGAGAAAGAAGAUGUAGAGGACCAUGGACACUGCAGCGACUGUGAAAAUGAGGAGCACCACUCUGACGAUGGUGACAGGGGUCUCGGUGACGACACUGGCGCCAAGAAGAAGAAAAAGAAGCAGAAAAAGAAGAAGAAAUCUGGUGCCCCAGAAGCAGCUCAGGACCCUCUUGCCAAGGUGAAUUCAUUGCCAGCUGAUAAGCUACAAGAGAUCCAAAAGGCCAUUGAACUGUUCUCUGUUGGCCAAGGUCCUGCCAAAACCAUGGAGGAGGCUACUCGGAGGAGUUACCAGUUCUGGGACACACAGCCUGUGCCUAAGCUAGGGGAAACGGUGACAUCACACGGCUCCAUUGAACCUGACAAGGACCACAUUCGUGAGGAGCCCUACAGCCUCCCACAGGGCUUCAGCUGGGACACCCUCGACUUGGGGAACGCUGCUGUGCUCAAGGAGCUUUACACCCUUCUCAAUGAGAACUAUGUGGAAGACGAUGACAACAUGUUUCGAUUUGAUUACUCUCCUGAGUUCCUGCUCUGGGCCCUGCGGCCCCCUGGCUGGUUGCCCCAGUGGCAUUGUGGGGUGAGGGUUAACUCUAACCAGAAGCUGGUAGGCUUCAUCAGUGCCAUUCCUGCCAGCAUCCAAAUCUAUGACAUAGAGAAGAAAAUGGUUGAGAUCAAUUUCCUCUGCGUCCACAAGAAGCUUCGUUCCAAACGAGUCGCUCCGGUUCUGAUCAGAGAGAUCACCAGACGGGUCAACCGGCAGGGCAUCUUCCAGGCUGUUUACACUGCUGGAGUGGUACUGCCCAAACCUGUGGGCACAUGCAGGUACUGGCAUCGCUCUCUGAACCCACGCAAACUAAUCGAGGUGAAGUUCUCUCACCUGAGCAGGAACAUGACUAUGCAGCGCACCAUGAAGUUGUACCGUCUGCCUGAGGCCCCGAAGACUUCGGGUCUGCGGCCGAUGACCAAGAAGGAUGUGCCGGUGGUGCAUCGCCUCCUCCGUGAUUACCUGAGCCAGUUCAACCUGGUGCCUGCAAUGAGCCCUGAAGAGGUGUCGCACUGGCUGCUGCCCCGGGAGAAUAUUAUUGACACUUACCUGGUGGAGAAUGAUGGCAAAGUGACUGAUUUCCUGAGUUUCUACACACUGCCUUCUACCAUUAUGAACCACGCUGUGCACCGCAGUCUAAAAGCAGCAUACUCCUUCUAUAAUGUGCACACCACCACCCCCCUGCUUGACCUGAUGUCUGAUGCUCUUAUCCUGGCCAAAUCGAAAGGGUUUGAUGUCUUCAAUGCACUGGAUCUAAUGGAAAACAAGACUUUCUUGGAGAAGCUUAAGUUUGGCAUCGGUGACGGGAAUCUUCAGUAUUAUCUGUACAAUUGGAAGUGUCCCAGCAUGGGUUCGGAAAAGGUUGGGUUAGUGCUUCAGUGACAUCCCUACACGCCAUAAAUAAGUGUCACCAACAGGCCAGGAGACCGCACCAUCGCACUGACCACCCAACAGAUGGAGUGAUGACGUCCUGCUUCAGGAAAGGAAACCCCACCGCCCAUUUUUACUUUUUGACCUUUUGAACUUUGACCUGCACUACCGCUGCCAGGCAGGGAGGCGGAGAGAGUCUUCCUGCUCUUCCUCCUCCCUCGAUCACAUGGACCUUAAGCCAUUGUAGUUACCAUCCCCAACAACUGCAUAACAUCUGAAAGCUGUCUUGAUUGUACCAAACACACAUACACACUGACAAACAGUUUGCACAGAUUACUGUAUACCAAACACUCUGUUGGCAUACCAACGAAAUGUUCAGUACAUGUAAAUAAUAUCAAACAUAACAGCAAAUUAUGCCCGUAACACACACACACACACACACACACACAAACUAGAACCUACUGUUUUAUUUUAUUCCUAAAUGUUGGAAAUGCUUUUUGCAAUUAAAAAUCUGUCAUCCUUAAGUUUUAGAGAUAAAAAAAAAAUCAAAAUGAUCAAAAAAUAUUUUAAAGAAGAAAAGGCUCAAAAAGAUGAGGUAAUAAAUACCAAAAGUGGACACCAGAUAAGGGCUUCUGAUUUUUCUUGUCAUGCUUGACCCUGUCUUUUUUUUCUUUUUUUUUUUUUGCAUUUUUCUCAUCAAACCCUUUUGUUGUUUCAACACUGCUUGCAGAAGAUGUAAAUGCUGGAGUUGGCAUUCAUGUUCUGGAGUUUUUCUCAUCUAUAUUAACUUUUAUGACUCUCCUGUCCAGCUUUACUGCACUAACACAAGAAGCCCUGCUCAGAGGAAAAUAAAUCACAGACUUGACAAAAAAAAAUAAAGGACCAGCUCAGUGGAAGAACAUAAUCUGAAUCAUUUUGGACGAGGCUGGACUGCCACACAGAGGUUGAAGGCAUUCUGAUGGGGUUUACUCCACACGUUCAUCAGCAGGGAUCAGAUUUGUAAUGACACCUCUCGAUUAACUGCGUCCCAGUUGCAAUGUCCACUCAUGCUGACUUUUUGACUUUGGUCUGUGAGGACAGUGGAAAGUUCUUGAGUGCUUUGACCUCUCUCUGGGGGCUUUCAUUUAUCUGCAAUUUAUGCAGAGACAAAUCACAAAGGAAGUCUUAAAUAGUCACAAAAAUUAAGAUGAGAGAAAAACUACAAGUUUACAUGCACCUAGCAAGCACCGUCGGGCUCUUUGCUGUAUCAAUGAUUUGGUUUUGUCUCAUUUGAUUAAAUAUGAUCACUAAUAACAUGCUUCAGACAUGCAGUUUUACUAACAUGAGAUAUAAGCCUUGCAGGUAACAUUUCAAAAAGUGCUGUCCUUUUUCCUCAUACAGUAUUCAGAGCGUUACGCAAAUCAUGCAGGUGUUGUCAGUGAAAGUCUGUGAAAGUUCAAGGUGGAUGUUGGAGCUGGGCCAGUGAACUGCAGUCUGGACAGCUGUGAGUGGGUGGUAAUGAUGACUGGGGAGGGGGAGAAAUGCCCCCAGUUUAAAGUGUUUCUUAUGUAAAAUGUUGAUUGUGUUUGCAAACAAAUGUUAAAGAAUAAUGGGUCUCAUGGUGUCAUGAUGCAGGAGAAGAAUGUGAUGAAUGCAGGUGAUUUUUUCUUUUUUUUUUUUUGAGCAAAAAAUAAAAUCUAGAAGUUGCUGUGA